AAAUAUAUUAGUUGUAGUUGAUGCAGAAUCCUCGUAGCUGAGUUCCGCACAGGCAUCAUCAAACUCAACUUGGUUUGACCCUACGCAGGGCUAAAACAUAUCCUUUGUUGCUGUUCUCUUCCACAAUUCCCUCUCUCAUUCUUUUUUCACUGCAUUUUAGCGCCCAAUACAAAAACUACAUACAAAUCCUCAGGAGUUCUUGCGGAGAAUCAAUGGGUCGUUCUCGUGGGAAUUUUCAUCACGCCGACGAGGACCCCAACCAGAGAUCAAGAAGAAAAAAAAAUGCCGCCAGUGGAGAAAACUCUGAAUCUGGAGCUGCAGGUCAAGGAGCAGGUGAAGGGAAAAAGGCUCUGUACCAUUGCAAUUAUUGUAAUAAAGAUAUAACAGGAAAAAUCCGGAUUAAGUGUGCCAUGUGCCCGGAUUUUGACUUGUGUAUAGAGUGCUUUUCCGUUGGAGCUGAGGUGACACCUCACAAAAGCAACCAUCCUUACAGGGUUAUGGAUAAUUUGUCUUUCCCUCUUAUUUGCCCAGACUGGAAUGCAGAUGAUGAAAUUUUGCUUCUAGAGGGAAUCGAAAUGUAUGGCUUGGGAAACUGGACAGAAGUCGCUGAGCACGUUGGAACCAAAAACAAAGAGUCAUGCAUCGAACACUAUAAGAACAUAUACUUGAGCUCCCCAUUCUUUCCUGUUCCGGACAUGUCUCAUGUGGUUGGGAAAAACAGAAAAGAACUUCUUGCCAUGGCAAAGGGGCAGGGUGAAGACAAGAAAGGAAUUUCCAUGGGGGAUCUUAGUUUAAAGGCAGAAUCUCCCUUCUCUCCAUCUAGAGCCAAGGUUGAAGAUUCACAUAAAGCGGGCACUGCUAAUCGUUUGUCUUCCAAUUUGAAUUCAGAGCUAGAUUCUGGUCCCUCGGGUAACACACACUCUGCAGCUGGUGCUAACCAAAAGGCAUCUAAUGUGACGAGGGGAAAAGGUGGUCCUGGAGUCAUUAAAAUGGAAGAUUCUCAGAUAGACAGAGAUUUUGGAGGAAAGAAGCCAACUUCCUCAGGAAAUGAAGGUCCUUCUUUAGUAGAAUUGAGUGGUUACAAUGCUAAAAGACAAGAAUUUGAUCCUGAAUAUGAUAAUGAUGCUGAACAACUACUUGCUGAAAUGGAAUUUAAGGAUACUGACUCUGAGGAAGAGCGAGAGUUGAAAUUACGUGUAUUGCGUUUAUAUUCAAAGAGGCUUGAUGAAAGAAAGCGGAGGAAGGAUUUCAUACUCGAAAGAAAUUUGUUAUACCCAAAUCCAUUGGAGAAGGAUUUAACAGCCGAGGAGAAGGCAAUGUGUCGAAAAUAUGAUAUAUUCAUGCGCUUUCAUUCUAAGGAAGAUCACGAUGAAUUACUUAGAACAAUGCUCUUUGAGCAUAGAAGUUGGAAAAAAAUUCAAGAGCUUAAGGAAGCCCGGUUAGCCGGCUGCCGUAAUUCAGCUGAUGCUGAAAAAUAUAUCUCAUUGAAGAGAAAGAGGGAAGCUGAAGAAAAUGCUCGAAGGACAAGGACAAAAGAAAGUGCUCAGGUUGGGCCGAGCAAUCAGGGAAUUCCAAAUGCAUUGACUUCUCCAGAUUCAGCUGGUAAGGAUCUGAGUGCAAGACCUGCAGGGCCAGCUACUUCUAGUUCUGUCAACGAGAUGGAUGCCAUAGGAUACAAUGGAGCAGAUUUACUUUCUGAAGCGGAGAAACGUUUGUGCUGUGAGCUAAGAUUGUCUCCAGCCACGUAUCUAAAAAUGCAAGAGCAACUGUCACUGCAAAUACUUGCUGGCACCGUCUCUGCAAAAUCCGAUGCUCAUCAAUUGUUCAAGUUGGAUGCCAUGAAAGUUGACAGGGUGUAUGAUAUGCUUAUUAAAAAGGGGAUCGGUUUACCCUGAGACCUAUUUUGCUUCCUAUCUGUAACUUGGAAAUAGAUUAUUCUCUUCUAGCCUCCCAUAAUUGGAAGUUAGCUUGUAUAACAGGAUCAUAGAAAUUUUGCAGUGCUGUAUUAUGUUUUAUGUACUAGAUUUAUUAAUAUAAAUAAUUUUAUUAUUUUA